CCCCCCUCCUCCUCCUCUCCUUGUCUCUACAGAGAAAAGGUGCCGCGCAGGUUCCGCUUCGGCUCGUCAUUCAGCCGCCCCGUCCUCCUCGCCGAGGGCCGACGCCGCUCCCCUCCCCCUCCUUCCCUUCCCCCCUCCCUCCCCUUCCUUCCGUCGGUCCGUCAGUUGGGGUUGCGCGCGCGCGCCAGGGGCGCGGGCCCAAGCCUCGUCCCCCUCGCGCUCCCCUCACGGGCGUCUCGGAGCCGGACGGGUCCCGGCCUCCCUCCUCAUUCCCCGGCCGGCGUGAGCGAGCCCGGAGAGCGGCCUCUAUACCUCCGCGCGCGCGCGCUCACAGACACACACACACACAUUACCCGGCCGCCACCUCCGAAGCCAUGGCGGCGAGCGCCAAGCGGAAGCAGGAGGAGAAGCACCUGAAGCUGCUGAGGGAGAUGAGCAGCCUCCCGCCCAACCGCAAGUGCUUCGACUGCGACCAGCGCGGCCCCACCUACACCGACAUGACGGUGGGCAGCUUCGUGUGUACCUCCUGCUCCGGCAUCCUACGAGGUUUAAAUCCACCUCACAGAGUGAAGUCCAUUUCCAUGACCACAUUCACACAGCAAGAAAUAGAAUUUCUGCAGAAACAUGGGAAUGAAGUGUGUAAACAGAUUUGGCUAGGAUUAUUUGAUGAUAGAUCAUCAGCAAUUCCAGACUUCAGGGAUCCUCAAAAGGUCAAGGAAUUCUUACAAGAAAAAUACGAAAAGAAAAGAUGGUAUGUUCCACCAGAACAAGCAAAAGUUGUGGCAUCUGUCCAUGCAUCUAUAUCUGGCUCCUCUGCUAGUAGUACAAGUAGUACUCCAGAAGUCAAGCCACUUAAAUCUCUUCUGGGAGAGUCUGCACCGGCACUGCACUUAAAUAAGAGCACACCUACACAAUCUCCUGUUGUAAAUCGAUCUCAAGGACAGUCACAAGAAAAGAAACAGUUUGAUCUUCUCUCUGACCUUGGUUCAGACAUAUUUGCUGCUCCUGCUCCUCAUUCCACAGCCACAGCGAAUUUUGCUAAUUUUGCACAUUUCAACAGUCAUACAGCGCAGAACUCUGCAAAUGCAGGUUUUGCAAACUUUGAUGCAUUUGGACAGUCUAGUGGUUCGAGUAAUUUUGGUGGUUUCCCCACAGCAAGUCAGUCUGCUUUUCAGCACCAAAAUACAGCGUUCAGAACGCUUUCAUCUAGCUGCAGUUUUGGUGAAUUUACUACUUCCGCUUUCCCUCUCCAGGCUGUGCGCAGUAAGUUCCACCAAGGUGGGAGCGCUGGAUCAGUGAAUGCUAACUUUGCACACUUUGAUAACUUCCCCAAAUCCUCCAGUGCUGAUUUUGGAGCCUUCAGUGCUUCUCAGAGCAACACAACUGCAGCCAGUAAAGCUGCAGUGAAUAAAUCGAACCUCCAGUCAGCAGAUAGAUAUGCAGCUCUUGCUAAUUUAGAUAAUAUCUUCAGCACAGGGCAAGGUGGUAGUGAGCCAGGAAGUGGCUUUGGUGCUGCCCAUACAGUACCAGCAGGUCCCACUGUGUCAGCCCCAAGCCAGCCAAGUGCAUCGUCAGACAAGUAUGCAGCUCUAGCAGAAUUAGACAGUGUGUUCAGCUCCACAGCAACCUCUAGUAAUGCAUAUACUUCCACCAGUAAUGUUAGCAGUAAUGCUUUUGGAACAGUACCAGUGGGUGCUAAUACACAGACACAGCCUGCGUCAUCAAGCGUUCCUGCUCACUUUGGAGCAACACCAUCCACAAAUCCAUUUGUGGCUGCCCCUGUAGCCGCAGUAGCACCUUCAACGAACCCAUUCCAAACCAAUAGCAGAGCAGCAACAGCAGCAACAUUUGGCACAGCAUCCAUGAGCAUGCCUGCAGGAUUUGGAACAACUGCCUCAUACAGUCUUCCUACUAGCUUUAGUGGUAACUUCCAGCAGCCUGCAUUCCCAGCCCAGGCAGCCUUUCCUCAGGCUGCUUUCACUCAGCAACCAAAUGGAGCCGGCUUUGCUGCAUUUGGACAGGCAAAACCAGUAGUAACCCCAUUUGGGCAAGUUACAGCUGUUGGAGUAUCUAGUAAUCCUUUUAUGGCAGGUGGACCAGCAGGGCAAUUUCCAACAGGAGGCUCAUCAACCAAUCCUUUCUUAUAGCCUUAUAGACACUUUACCUAAAAGAACUCUUAUGUGAUCACACAACAUCUCUGCGCCUCUUGCACUGUUGUCUUGUUUCACUGAUCUUAGCUUUAAACACAAGAGAACUCUUUCAAAAAAAUUAAAAAAGCCUGCAUUGUGUAUUAAAACCAAGAAACACCAGGUAAUGUGCAAAACAGGGGCCAUGGAAACAUCUUUUUAUCUGUGCGUUGGCAGGAGAAUGUUAAUGGUAUCAUGUAUUUUAAAAUUGGCUAAUAAGUUAUUGCAGAUACCACAUUCAUUAUGCUGCAGUACUGUACAUAUUUUUUCCUUAGGAAUUAGUUAUUUGUGCAUAUCAGUAUUUGUAACUUUUAACACAUUGUUAUGUGAAAAAUGUUACUGGGGGAAAUAGAUCAGUCACUUUAAGGUGCUGUCGUAUCUCUUGGAAUGAAUGGCCUACAUCAUUUUAACCAUUGCUGUUUGGAGUUAUGAGUUCAAAAUUGAAGGUUUUAUUCAUUUCUUGAAGUGUUUUUCCUUUCCUAAAGAGCUCUUCUAUUUAUACAUGCCUAAAUUCUCUAUAAUGUAGAGGGAUACCUGUCUGCAUAAUAAAGCUGAUCAUGUUUUGCUACAGUUUGCAGGUGGAAAAAAAUAAAUAUUAGAAAAAAAGUGUUUGUCUUUGUCGGCAUUUGCACUAACCAAUUUUGUUAAAUCUUUAGGGAUCCUUCCAGGAUGCGUUUCCACAGCUGCUUAUGGUAAUGUUGAAAAAUCUCCUGGUGAUCAGCCAAUAAAGCCUGUGCACAACUUUAUAUAGGUUUACAGAUGUCACAAGACCAGUCAGCCGCACGUGUCACUUCCUCUUUGAUAGUUUGUGUGAAAGAGGGGGAAGAGAAGGUGACACAGUGAGCCCUGAGAGGAAGACAGAUGGCGGGGGGGGGGGGGGAGCCGCGGGAAUCCAAAAGGUGUGUGUGUAUAAAGAGACUGCCACCUUUCAGUGAGCAGUAGAGUGGAGAAGCCAUCUACAAAUCAGGUUGCAUGAGGGGAAACUGUGAAUCCCACUUCAUUGCAAUGAGCUGCAGGAGUAGGGUGGAGACUGCUGGAGUGAGGAGGGAAAGCUCUAUAAUAACUACAUAUGUCAAGGAAUGGGGAAGGGAUUAGCAGGGAAAGGAAUGAGCCCUGUUAUCUUGAAGUAUCUCACUUAAGAUACUCAUUGCCUUCAGUGAGCUGCCCACUUCUUUACUCUGGAGCUCAUGAGACAUUUUCUGUGGCUCAUGGAAAAUAUCAAAUAAAAUAUCAAACUGUCAUUAUUUUGAACACUAUAGCUAAUCUGAUUUUAGAUGGGCAGUACAGAACCUACUUAACUUCUUGCUCAGUUCUAUUCAUGAAGAAUCCCACUCUGGUGGGGACACACAUUGUUUGAUUUAUUGAUCUAGGCUUGUAUCCCAUGCACUGCAAGCAAAACUCUGCUUGCGCAAUAGGCCUUCCCUUCCCUUCCCUUUCCUCCAUGCCUCCCAAAUCUACUCUGGAGAGUCCUCCAACCCAGAGCUGAUUUUGAGGGCAUGCAGAAAACUGCAGGGAAGAGGAAGGAAAAGUUCUAUUCUGGAAGUGGACAACUCUGCAUUAACAGAACCAGAGUGUUGGAUGUUGCUCGAGGUUUCUGUUAAAUUUAUUUUGAGAUCUCCAUGACAGGAUGCAAGAACUUAAUAGGCCUUAUUAGAGGCUAGAUACCUGUUGUGAUAGUUUGUGACUACUUGAAUCAUAGCAGCAGUUGGCUCAACAUAUCCUGUGUAUUUUGUACAAUACUCAUUGAAGGUUAGAGGGUUUUACUUUAAUAUGUUGACUCUAAGCUUCUGUAAUGGUAAUAAACAAAAGUUCUGUAUUUUA